UCUUAUUUAAAAACUAUAUUUAACAUUGGGAGUGUACCCCUUCCAGUAGCAGCUGAGAUUUUGGAAAAAGUGACACAAGAGUGAAGAGAGAGAGAAGAAAGAGAAAUGGAAUGCGUAGAGGAGUUCUUGAAGAAAUGCAAACAAUCAGGAGAUGCAGCGUACAGUGAACUACGAUCAGUGUUAGAAAAGCUUGAAAAUCCUGAAACUAGAGUUGAAGCACGAAUAUUCUUAUCUCAUGUUCAGAAACAUUUCGAUUCUAUUACUGAUGAUUGCUUUUCUACUUAUCAUUUCCGAAUCAAUGACAUUCAAUUGGAGCAUUCUUCAGGCUCCCAGCACAGGAAAAAGUUGACAAUGCUGGUGAUUCCUAGCAUUUUUAUGCCAGAAGAUUGGUCUUUCACAUUCUAUGAAGGAUUGAACAGACAUCCUGAAUCCAUCUACAAGGAUAAGAUAGUUGCUGAGCUUGGUUGUGGAAAUGGAUGGAUAACUAUUGCUAUAGCUGAGAAGUGGUCUCCUUUGAAGGUGUAUGGGCUUGAUAUAAACCCGAGAGCUAUAAAGGUUUCCUGGAUUAACCUUUACUUAAAUGCUUUGGAUGAGAAUGGUCAACCCAUUUAUGAUGGUGAGAAGAAGACUCUACUGGAUAUAGUGGAAUUUCAUGAAUCUGACCUUCUAGCUUACUGUAGAGACCAUAACAUAAUGCUUGAAAGGAUUGUUGGCUGCAUACCACAGAUCCUUAAUCCUAAUCCAGAUGCAAUGUCCAAGCUUAUUACGGAAAAUGCAAGUGAGGAGUUUCUCCAUUCUCUCAGCAACUAUUGUGCACUGCAGGGUUUUGUUGAAGAUCAAUUCGGCUUAGGCUUAAUAGCUAGGGCGGUUGAAGAGGGCAUUGCAGUUAUUAAACCCACUGGGAUUAUGAUUUUUAAUAUGGGAGGUCGUCCAGGACAAGCUGUUUGCAGACGUUUGUUUGAACGGCGUGGUUUCCAUGUUAACAAGAUCUGGCAAACGAAAGUUGUUCAGGCUGCUGAUACAGAUAUUUCAGCGUUAGUUGAGAUUGAAAAGAACAGUCCACACCGUUUUGAAUUCUUCAUGGGGCUUACAGGAGAUCAACCUAUUUGUGCACGAACAGCUUGGGCGUAUGGGAAGGCUGGUGGUUGUAUGUCUCAUUCUAUUUCGGUUUACAGUUGUCAACUUCGUCAACCUAAUCAAGUUAAGAGAGUUUUUGAGUUUCUGAGAGAUGGCUUUAAUGAGAUCAACAAUUCUUUGGACUUAUCCUUUGACAAUGAUGCUGUUGCUGAUGAAAAGAUUCCAUUCCUGGCGUAUCUUGGAAGUGUUCUCCAAGAAAAUUCAUACCUCCCUUUUGAGUCACCAGCUGGCAGUAGACGCUUUCGAGACCUUGUAGCAAGGUUCAUGAAAACUUACCAUCAUGUUCCACUUACUGCCAAGAAUGUAGUUGUAUUUCCUUCAAGGACUGCAGCAAUUGAGAAUGCUUUACGGCUGUUCUCACCCAAUCUUGCCAUUGUCGAUGAGCUUUUGACCCGAAACCUUCCUAGGCAAUGGAUGACAUCUUUGGCAAUUGAGAAGAGAGAUUGUAGCGAGGCUUCAGAUGUGGUUACAGUUAUAGAGGCUCCACAUCAGUCAGAUUUGAUGGUUGAGCUGAUUAAGAAGCUGAAACCUCAAGUUGUGGUUACUGGCAUUGCUAAAUUUGAGGCUGUUACUAGUGCUGCCUUCGAGAAUAUGUUGGAUGUUACAAGCAAAAUUGGCUCACGUCUUUUCUUGGACAUAUCUGACCACUUUGAGUUGUCAAGCGUGCCUAGCUCCAACGGGGUCCUGAAGUAUCUUGCAGGAAAUUCUCUUCCAUCACAUGCUGCCAUUGUGUGUGGUCUGUUAAAGAAUCAGGUUUAUACGGACCUUGAAGUAGCAUUUGUGAUUUCAGAAGAUGCAACAAUUUUUCAGGCUCUCGCAAGAACUGUCGAACUUCUUGAAGGGAAUACUUCAUUGAUUAGUCAAAACUAUUAUGGGUGUCUUUUCCAUGAGCUUCUCUCCUUUCAGUUAGCUGAUCGGCAUCCACUUGCAACGAGAGAAUAUGAUGAGAAGAGUUCCACCAAGUUGAUUGGAUUUGCCAGCUCUGCUAUAUCCGUCUUCAGCGAUUCCGAGCUUUCAAUAAGUGAAGGAGACAACGAUUCUUCCCUGAUUCACAUGGACGUCGAUCAAAGCUUUUUGCCAUUGCCUGCACCUAUAAAGACUGCUAUUUUUGGAAGUUUUGCUAGGCAGAAUCUCUCGGAGUCUGAGACAGAUGUGACAAGCGGCGUCAGACAAUUCAUUAAGACCAGAUAUGGGUUCGCAACAAACAAUAGCACAGAAUUUUUAUACUCUGACUAUUCUUUGGGUCUUUUUAACAAGAUGCUGCUUUGCUGUAUUCAAGAAGGUGGCACAUUUUGUUUUCCUGCUGCAUGUAAUGGGAACUAUAUAGCUGCUGCAAAGUUUAUGAAAGCAAACAUUGUUAACAUUCCCACAAAGGCUGAUGUUCGGUUUAAGUUAACUGAUGAUGUAUUGACCAAGGUGCUGGAGUCUGUUGAAAAGCCAUGGCUGUAUAUUUGUGGUCCUACAAUAAACCCUACUGGAUUGCUUUACAGCAACAAGGAGAUGGAAAAUAUAUUAUCAGUCUGUGCGAAAUUCGGUGCAAGGGUUCUGAUUGACGCCUCUUUCUCAGGACUAGAAUAUGACACCGACAAUUGGGAUGCCUGGAAUUUGGAGCCCACUUUAGCAAAGCUAUAUUCCUCUGCCAACCCAACAUUCUGUGUUUCUCUGCUUGGAGGUCUCUCACUAGAGAUGCUUACUGGUGGGCUGACAUUUGCAUUCUUGGCGGUGGAUCACUGUCUUUUAACUGAGACAACCAAUGGGUUUGCUGGUCUAACUAGACCUCACAGUACUACUAGAUAUGCUAUGAAGAAGUUGUUGGCUCAGGCUGAACAAGAAUCUGGUAACCUUUCUGAAUUUGUUACUGAACACAAGGAGAUUUUGAAAAAUAGGUCACAUCGCUUGAAGGAGACACUGCAAAAUUGUGGAUGGGAAGUGCUUCCAUCCUGUGGUGGUGUGUCCAUGGUGGCAAGACCAUCUGCUUAUCUUGGGAAGCAUAUCAAACUCGAGAAUGCUACCAGUCAAAAGAUUGAGAUUGCGGACUCUACCAUUCGACAAGCCAUUUUGGACGCCACUGGUCUAUGCAUCAAUAGUGGGUUAUGGACUGGAAUUCCUGGUUACUGUCGCUUCACAAUCGCUUUACAAGAAGAUGAAUUUGAGCAUGCAUUGGAUCGCAUUACAAAAUUCAAGGAUUUCAUGGGUUAAGUGUUUAAAUUAUGGUCAGUUUCAUUCUUAGCCUAAAUAAUGGUUCAUUGCUGCAUGACUUAGGUGUCAUGCUUAUUGCCUUGUUCGAAAUUCCAAGAGAUCAAGACGAAAGAAAAAAUCUGUCAACCACGAGCUUGAAUAUCUUCCUUGCUUGUGAGGCUAUGGUUUUUGCAAUUUCGGUUGGUUUUGAGCACAGAAUUCUACAGAUUAUAUGUAUACAUGUAAUUUCAUCCUAUUUCGCAUAAUCUAAUUGCAGUCUCUUAAUAGGAGACAUGCGCAAAGGACUCUAUACUAAGAUGUAUUUCCUUACCUAUCAUUUGUCACUCUUGCUCAACUGUGUAAGCAAGUGGUCAUGCAAAAUAAACUUGGAUACACUAGUAUAGUUGAGGUCA